GGGCUGGGGAUGCGGUGGCUGCGAAGUGAAGCGGCCGGCUGGCUGGGAGCGAGAGCGGUGCUGAGGGGGCGCGGCGUCACGGCGAUCCCAAGCCGGGAAGGCCCGCGUUCCUGGCUCAGCCGCCGAAAGUAAACUUGGCUGCUCCUCUCGCGGGGCGCUCCCGAGUCCUCGUCCCAGACCCCCAGGCGCACCGCGGUCGGCGAGGAGCCUUCCUGAGUCAGGGCCUCGCUCCCUUCCCCGGCGCGGGGCCUCGGCGCCAUGGACGCGACGGCGCUCGAGCGGGACGCCGUGCAGUUCGCCCGGCUGGCGGUGCAGCGCGACCACGAAGGUCGCUACUCCGAGGCGGUGUUUUACUACAAGGAAGCUGCACAGGCCUUAAUUUAUGCUGAGAUGGCUGGAUCAAGCCUAGAACAUAUCCAAGAAAAAAUAAAUGAGUAUCUGGAGAGAGUCCAGGCUUUACAUUCAGCAGUUCAGUCAAAGAAUGCCGAUCCUUUGAAAUCAAAACAGCAGUUGGAUUUAGAACGUGCCCAUUUCCUUGUUACACAAGCUUUUGAUGAAGAUGAAAAAGGGAAUGUUGAAGAUGCUAUAGAAUUGUAUACAGAAGCUGUAGAUCUCUGUCUGAAAACCUCUUCUGAAACUGCUGAUAAAACUCUGCAAAAUAAACUGAAACAGUUGGCUCGACAGGCACUAGAUAGAGCUGAAGCAUUGAGUGAGCCUUUAACAAAGCCAUUAUGCAAAAUCAAGUCAACAAAUAUUAAACCAAAGCCACCUCCAAUGAGGGCACAUUUUCCACUAGGAACUAAUCCCUUCCUUGAAAGACCUCAGCCAUUUGUAAGUCCACAGUCAUGUGAUGCACAAGGACAGAGAUAUACAGCAGAAGAAAUAGAAGUUCUCAGGACAACAUCAAAAAUAAAUGGUAUAGAAUAUGUUCCUUUCAUGAGUAUCGAUCUGAGAGAACGUUUUGCCUAUCCGAUGCCUUUCUGUGAUAGAUGGGGCAAGCUACCAUUAUCACCUAAACAAAAAGCUACAUUUUCCAAAUGGGUACGACCAGAAGACCUCACCAACAAUCCUACAAUGAUUUAUACUGUGUCCAGUUUUAGCAUAAAGCAGACAAUAGUAUCAGAUUGUUCCUUUGUGGCAUCACUGGCUAUCAGUGCAGCUUAUGAAAGACGAUUUAAUAAGAAGUUGAUUACCAGCAUAAUUUACCCUCAGAAUAAGGAUGGUGAGCCAGAGUACAAUCCAUGUGGAAAGUAUAUGGUAAAACUUCACCUCAAUGGUGUCCCAAGAAAGGUGAUAAUUGAUGACCAGUUACCUGUUGAUCAUAAGGGAGAAUUGCUCUGUUCUUAUUCUAACAACAAAAGUGAAUUAUGGGUUUCUCUCAUAGAAAAAGCGUACAUGAAAGUCAUGGGAGGAUAUGAUUUCCCAGGAUCCAAUUCAAAUAUUGAUCUUCACGCACUGACUGGGUGGAUACCGGAGAGGAUUGCUAUGCAUUCAGACAGCCAGACUUUCAGUAAGGAUAAUUCUUUCAGGAUGCUGUAUCAAAGGUUUCACAAAGGGGAUGUCCUCAUCACUGCAUCAACUGGAAUGAUGACUGAAGCUGAAGGAGAGAAGUGGGGUCUGGUUCCCACACAUGCGUACGCUGUUUUGGAUAUUAGAGAGUUCAAGGGGCUGCGAUUUAUCCAACUGAAAAAUCCUUGGAGUCAUUUACGUUGGAAAGGAAGAUACAGUGAAAAUGAUGUAAAAAACUGGACCCCAGAGUUGCAAAAAUAUUUAAACUUUGAUCCUCGAACAGCUCAGAAAAUAGACAAUGGAAUAUUUUGGAUUUCAUGGGAUGAUCUCUGCCAGUAUUAUGAUGUGAUUUAUUUGAGUUGGAAUCCAAGUCUUUUUAAAGAAUCAACAUGUAUUCACAGUACUUGGGAUGCUAAGCAUGGACCUGUGAAAGAUGUGUAUAGCCUGGCCAACAACCCUCAGUACAAAUUGGAGGUGCAGUGUCCACAAGGAGGCGCUGCAGUUUGGGUUUUGCUUAGUAGACACAUAACAGACAAGGAUGAUUUUGCAAAUAAUCGAGAAUUUAUCACAAUGGUUGUAUACAAGACUGAUGGAAAAAAAGUUUAUUACCCAGCUGACCCACCUCCAUACAUUGAUGGGAUUCGAAUUAACAGCCCUCAUUAUUUGACCAAGAUAAAGCUGACCACACCUGGAACCCAUACCUUUACCUUAGUGGUUUCUCAGUAUGAAAAACAGAACACAAUCCAUUACACAGUCCGGGUAUAUUCAGCAUGCAGCUUUACUUUUUCAAAGAUUCCUUCACCGUACACCUUAUCAAAACAGAUUAAUGGAAAAUGGAGUGGUCAGAGUGCUGGAGGAUGUGGAAAUUUCCAAGAGACUCACAAAAAUAACCCCAUCUACCAGUUUCAUAUAGAAAAGACUGGGCCAUUAUUGAUUGAGCUACGAGGACCAAGGCAAUAUAGUGUUGGAUUUGAGGUUGUAACCGUUUCUGUGGUGGGAGAUCCUGGGCCCCAUGGCUUUCAGAGGAAAUCGAGUGGUGAUUAUAGGUGUGGGUUUUGCUACCUGGAAUUAGAAAAUAUACCUGCUGGGAUCUACAAUAUCAUUCCCAGUACUUUUUUGCCUAAACAAGAAGGACCUUUUUUCUUGGACUUUAAUAGUAUUAUCCCCAUCAAGACAACACAGCUUCAGUGAUGGAGAAAUCUCAACAAUGACUGGAUUUUAUGCUUACCAAAUAUCAACUCUUCAAAUGAAGACACCAAGCUCCAGGACACUACACACAAUAAUCAGAAUACAAUCAGAUCUCUAAAAACAUUACAGUGGCAUCUGGUGCUCAAGUCAUGGUGUUUAGUGAGAACUGUAUAUAGUCAGAAUUCCCCUAAAUCUUUUAGAAGUACCAUUUACAUGGUUUUGUGUAUAUAUGGAGUUGGCUUGCAUUUAGGGGCCAUACUGUAUAUUAAAGAUUAGACUCGGCACUGUGAGUUGCCUUUGCUAAGAGGGAACAGAGACCGGCUGAGGGACGUGACUCAUGGAAUGGAACGGUCAGCUGGUGUGAUCCUCUGAGACACUUCCAUUGUGUUUGUCUCGUUGGCAGAGCAUGUUGUAAGUUAAACCUGCUUGUGUUGUGAUUCUACGUCUUGGGCAACUAAUUACCAAAUGAACCAUGUCAUCAUAACAGAUUUUAACUUUGCAUUAUGACUUAAAUGUUUAUUGCCCAGAUGUUACAAAAAAAUAAAGCUUUAAGAAAUACUAAUUAGCAUGAAGCUACUCAUGCUUAAGAAUGAAGGUUGUUGAAGUUAGAUACCUGACUCCCAUUGACUCAUGUAAAGAGAACUGAGGUAUAUUCACUAUUCUUAUUUUUUAUCGCGUUCAUGAAGUAGUAAUCUGAGACACUGAUGACAUUACAACUUAGUGUGUAUAGUCUUUUUUUAAAUUGCUCUGUAGUUCAGUGCUCUUAUAGUAGCAACACUGAAGAAAAUACAAUUGAGAAUUUAAUAUAUGGCAGUUAAGGUUGCGUUCAGAAAAACUGCCAGUAUACUACUGUCAUAUGUAAAUUCCCAGUUUACAUAAAAAUCCAUCAGCAGAAUGAUGCUCAACAUUUUAAAGAUCUGAAAAUAAGAUGGAAUUUUUUUCCUUGUCUCUACUUUAUAAUUAUCAAAACUUAUUUUGUAUUUCUACUACCUUUAAUUAAAAUAAAAUGUUUAUACUUAUGGAAACUGCAUACUUUAAUGUAGAGAAAUUGAUUAUUAAAGGUCUUCAUCUAGUAUGUUCCACCUAAAAGAGAAACGAGAACUCGUUAUUUACAUGAAAAUUCAAGCUUCAGCAACAAAAAUCUGUUCUUUUACAUUCCGAAUAGUGGUAGAUUGUUAUACUAAGGAGAUUUCACUUUUGUAGAUAUUUAGUGCUUUCUUUUUAGUAUAUUAAUUUCACGUGGGUUAAUUUUUCUGUGGCCCUUUACACAAAAAUCUAAAGCAUACGAGGUAUAUUUAUUAUAAAUACAUGAUUUGAACCUCUGUGUUAAAGAUCUUGUACAGGAUGAAAACUGAAAUAAGACCUAAUCACUGCCCUUGAAACUCUAACGGAGGAGACCUGGAUAGGCACAAUUUCAGACAGCGUGUUGAAUUCUACACUGGAGCUCCAAACACGGUGCUGCAGAGGUAUAAAUAAGGGAAAGAUUCAUUUUGGCUGAACCAAUAUAGAAGAAAGUCUGAUUCUCAACUGAGUACACAUGAGAAUCACCUGCAGAACUUAUACAAGUCCAAGGCCCAUGUACCCCAAAUCAAAUCAAUCUCUGGGGCUAAGACCAGAGAGCAGUAUUUUUGAGUCUCCUAGGAGAUUCCAACAUGCAGAGACUGAGAACCACUCCUCCAACAUAACCAUCUUCUCCUUAUUUUCCCGACACUGUCUCCCCUUGUUGCUCGGCUUUAGUAGAGCGAAAGUGGAAUUCUAAUUCAAACCUUAGUCAUCGGGGCUUAAAUUAAUAGGAUCCAGGACCUUAACUGAAAAUAAGAACAAAUGACCACUGUAUUCCAUGCUCUUCCUUAUAGCAAGAAGGUUACCUAGAAGAGAAGAUUUCUGCAACACCAGGAUUUCUUAUUUGAAGUCAACAGAAAGACCUUUUCUUAAGCCAUUUUUAUUACACUCAAGGUAUUAAGACAAGUACAAAAUAACCUUAUAAUUAGGAUACUGUAUCAGUCAUUAAAAAAGGAGAAAACACUACAGUAUGAAGAGAUUUACAAAUGACUAAAAUAUACAAGCUGCGUCAAAAUUAACAGACAA